AUGGCAAACCAACAGAAACGGACCUGCCGUCGCCGUGACAGCGUCACUGGGUCCCAAAUGACGGGUGCCCCCACCCCCGCCAUCCCUCUGAUCGCCUCGGCCAACCCCUCCCGCAAUGGAUCCAUUGGCGCGCAGGUGGUACCUGGCCCGGUGUCAAUUGCCACCCUUUCCCCCACAGCCAUGUACCGUCCUUCCCGCAAUGGACCCAUUGGCGCGGAGGUGGUGCCUGGUCCUUCGUCGGCCACACCUUCACCAAUCUACCGUCCCUCAUCCACCUACCGCCCCUCCUACUUUCCCCAGAGUCCUCCGCACAGGACCUCCCCUCUGGUGGGCCCCGACACAGCCCUUCAAUCCCCCCCCGGUAUCCGACCACCUCAGAAACAGCCUGAAGCCAGCGCGCUGGAAGUACUGACUGAUGCUGAAGCGACAAUCUUUCGCCAGGAGAACGCACUGAACGACGCCAGGUCCCAGGCGUCGGCUUUGCGAUCCAAAAUGGCGACUGACCGUAACACCACCAAGCUUCUUGAUCAUGAGCAGAUGCAAGCCAUGAUCGACCAGGCAAACUCCAACAGAACCUCGCAAAUCGAUUGCCAAUUCCAGGUCCUUGAGGACGACCUGGAGCAGGUAUCUGUUGACCUGGAGCAUGCGGAGGGCAAGAAAAAGGCCCUCCAAGAUUGCAAGAAGAAGCUGGCGAGGGACCAGGCAGACUUGCAUGACCUUCGCCAGGUGGUUGGGGCGGCUGGCCGAAACCUGCAACGACAGGCACGCCUUGCGGGUGCGGAGGACCGACUGAAAGGCCUCCUUGACAAUGCGGAUAGAAUGCUUGCCGCGAGUAUGCAAAGCACAAGGGCAAGCCAGGUCCAGACUCGGAAGGCAACUAGCGCCGAGUCCUCGGCUAGCCCUGUGGGUAUUGCGCGCCGCCACGUCGUGGAAAGCCAGGAACCAGGCUCCCACGGGCAGGCAUUCGACCCCCACCCGCAGCAACUCGACAAGGGAAAAGAACGUGGCCCGAGAUCGCUCCCCCUUGAGGAUCGCGAAUAUGAUGACCUUAGCCCCGACGUCCUUGAUUCUCCUAGUAUUCCCUCUCUCCGUCCGCGAAUCGUCCCUCGAUCGAUUCGCCAGGGACCGCGACACGCUAACUUCCGCUCGCGCCGGGAAGAUACUAGAUCAUUGAUAAGUCAAAAACCAUCACGGGCUGGGUCACAUAUGGAUACGGCCACGGGACAAGAACUUGCCGGCAUGUUGCAGGCAGAUGAGUCGCAGGUGGGCGACCAUAAUGUAGUGGUGCAAGAAGCACCAGCUACCACCGCCACCAUCGCUCCCCAGCAGGUGGAGACCGUGGAUAUCAGUACCGAUACUACGGGACAAGAACUUGCUGGGAUGUUGCAGGCCGAGGUGUGCGACGAAAUGGUAGUGGUGCAAGAAGCACCAGCUACCACCGCCACCCUCGCUCCCCAGCAGGUGGAGACCGUGAAUAUCAGUACCGAUGCCACGGGACAAGAACUUGCUGGGAUGUUGCAGGCCGAGGUGUGCGACGAAAUGGUAGUGGUGCAAGAAGCACCAGCUACAACCUUGACUAUCGCUCCUCAGCAAGUGGAGACUAACGACAUGAUGGAACUCGACGACGAGCUGUUUUAUUCCGAAGUCGCAAAGUUGAACGACGAGUCCUUUGACGGUCACAUGGAAUGGGAUAAGGAGCAGACGCAUGUGAUCACACUGUACAACAAAGAUGACCUGGCGGCUCCGAGCCAGUCAUCUGGUGGUCAUGCUGCUAUCGCUCCCCCGUCUCUCCCAUUGACGCGAUCACUUAAUCGCGUCAUCGCGCAGGCCGUGGCAGCCAUCCCUCUCAAGCCUGGUCUGCCAAGGGUCCGCGACCGCUUCCGCGUCUUCAAACGACGCGACCGUCUCGUCGGGAGUGGCCGCCCUCGCGUACAUCGGAGGGUUGACUAUCUCUCUGUACGAAGAGUACUCAAACGGACAGCUGAUAUCUUUGGGUCCAGCGAGGACGGACAGCCAGCCCGGAAGAAACAAAAGUUGACGCAUACAGCCGCGAAUGUGCCAGAGAUGAGUGUGCCAGCUGUUUCGCAGCCAGCUCAAUCUGUGCAUGUCCAGACAGAGGAGGUGCCCACCCAGGCAGUUAUGAGUGUGCCAGCUGUUUCGCAGCCAACUCAGACCACCUUGGAGUCCACCGAGUCUGUUGAGGCCGAGCAGGUGUCUACACAGGCAGUAAUGAGUGAGCCAGCUGUUUCUCAGCCAACUCAGACUGUUCUGGAGUACACCCAGACUGUCUCAACCGAGCAGGUGCCCACCGAGACAGCUAUGAGUGUGCCAGCUGUUUCGCAGCCGACUCAAGUUGUCCUGGAGGCCACCGAGCAGGUUCCUAUCGAUGCAAUCUUGGGUGAGCCCGCUGUUUCUCAGCCGACUCAAGUUGAAUCGCAGGAAGAUGAGACGCUCGAGACCGUGCAGGUGCCUACCGAGGCAGUCAUGAGUGAGCCAGCUGUUUCCCAGCCGACUCAAGCUGCCUUGGAGUCCACUGUGCCUGAGUCCAGUGUACGUGAGUCCACUACGCUCGAGUCAUCCGUGUUCACUUUGUCCGGUGAAGUUGUGGGUGCGCCUGCUCCUAGUGAGCCAGCCCCAACUGAGUCAGUCCAAACUGAGCCAUCGUCAGUCGAGGAAAUUCCGAGUGUGCCUGCUGCUACUAAGCCGACUCGGAAUGAAUCAGAUCUGACUUGGCAGACAGAGGAUGAACUUGUUGUUCCGAGCCCGCGGACAGUUACUCGCUCGCACCUAGAUGCGUUGCUUGAGGCGCGCGCGGCAAGGACUCAAGCUCGUCCUAGCAUUAUGUCGUCUCCUGAGGGGUUGCAGGUCACAGCAACCUCUCGAGUUAUCUCCACCUCUUCCCUGGUCGCCAGUCCCGAAGACGCUUCGGUAAAGAAUGCCGUUGCAACAGGGACAGAUUCCCGUGCGGGGGUUUCGAAAGGCACCAAGAGGGUCGAGGACGCCGAAAACCCAAAUUGCAGCGCUCGACAGAAUGCAGGAGAACAGCGGGAGGAAAUGGGCGGAGCAGCGCCUUCUGGUCUUCAAAUGCCAGGAGCUUGGCCUUCCGACCCACCCGCCGUCACUGUGUCUGACGAGUCAGACAUGCAUGAAGGGUCGGCUUUGCUGAGGGGGUUGUGGACAGGAACUCGUCGGCUCUCCUUUGGUGUAUUUGCUAUGGUGAUGGUGAUUCUGCUGUCGUUCCCCCUGUGGGCAGGUCACCUUGGACACCUAGUCUACGCCUUGGAGGGUCCUGAACAGUUCCUGGAGGAACUGCGUUGGGAGCACGGAUAUGACGUUCCAAUCUUCGAUCGGAUUAUCUAUGUUCUCCUUCGUUGUUUUGCCGGAGAUCGGACGUUGUUCGGUUAA